CUGCGCGGCGUAAGCAGCCCGGCGGCGGCCCCGGCAACAGGGGACUGCUGCUCUUGCUCCGCGCCCCACCGCACCGACCGGCCUCCCUCCGCCCGCUGCCGGCGGAGCGGACGGGGAGCAGGACGAGGAGAGGAGAGGCUGGCGCCGCUUCUCGCAGCGGCCCCCAGAGCUUUGGCGCCGCAGCCCGGCGUGGCUGGCGGGAGCGGCGGCCGUAGGAAGCGCCCGGGGCGGGAGGAGCCGCCUCGGGCAGCGGAUCGCGGCCCUCGGGUGCGAGGCAGGGCCGGCGGCGUUGGAGGAGCCCGAGCGGCGGCGGGGGCCGUGCGGUGAAGAUGGCGACCCCGGGGAUGGGCUGGCAGCAGCCGCAGCACGGCUACGGCGGCGGCUCCGCACCCGGCGCGGGGAAACUCGGCUCGGGCUCGGCACAGGCGGGGCUGGGCGCCGAGCACAGCCCGGACCUGCACUUCAAAAUGAGCAAGAAGAUCGCCCAGCUGACGAAGGUAAUAUAUGCUUUGAACACUAAAAAUGAUGAACACGAAGCAGCUAUCCAAGCCCUUAAAGAUGCUCAUGAAGAAGAAAUUCAACAAAUUCUUGCGGAGACCAGAGAGAAGAUCUUGCAGUAUAAAAGUAAAGUGGCAGAAGAAAUGGAUCUCAAGAGAAAGAUUCAGGUUUUGGAAGAGUCACUAGAAGAUCAUAAAAAGAUGAAACAUCAGGCCUUGACAGAAUUUGAAGCAUAUAAGGAUAGAGUUGAAGAUAUGCAGCUUUGUGCAGAAGCUCAGCAUGUCCAACGUGUAGUGACCAUGUCAAGGGAAGUAGAAGAGAUCAGAAAGAAAUUUGAGGAAAGGCUACGAAGUUUCAUACAGUUGCAAGUGCAGUAUGAGAAGGACAAACGUACAGCCCUGGAAGACUUAAAAGCUGCCCACAGGCUGGAGAUUCAAGAACUUCUCAAGACUCAUCAGAGUCAGAACGCUACCUUAAGUAAGGGGCAAGAAAAACUAGAGGAAUUGCAUAGACUGGAGCUGGAAGACUUAAACAAUAAAGUUGAAGAGUUAAGGCUGGAAAGAAAAAAACUCAUUGAGGACUAUGAAGGCAAACUCAGCAAAGCACAGUCCUUCUAUGAACAUGAACUUGACUCUUUGAAAAGAUCACAGCUUUUUACAGCAGAAAGUCUACAUGCUUGCAAAGAAAAAGAAGUGGAGCUGAGAAAAGAAUUUCAAAACCAGGAAAGUAUGUUACGGAAGAAUCUGGGAAAGCUUAAAACUGAAUUGCAAAUGGUCCAGGAUGAAGCUGCCAGUCUAAGGGAAAAAUGCCAAAAACUUCAGGUGGCUCUUGGUACAGCAGAAAACAAUGUUCAGGUUCUUCAAAAACAGCUAGAUGAUGUGAAGGAGGAGGAGAUGUCAUUGUUAAGCAAACACAAAGAAGUGGAAAGCGAGCUCGCAGCUGCUAGAGAGCGCUUACAGCAGCAGGCCACUGAUCUUGUUCUCAAAGCCAGUCACAUUGGAAUGCUUCAAGCUACUCAAAUGACUCAAGAAGUUACAAUCAGAGAUUUGGAAUCAGAAAAAUCUAGACUAAAGGAAAAAUUGUCCCAACUGGAAGAGGAAAGAAACUUAUUACAAAGCAAAACACAGAGUCUGGAUGAGCGACAAAGGCAGCAAAUUCUGGCAUUGGAGAAGAAAGUAAAUGAAGCAAGGGAAACACAACGUGAAUAUUAUGAGAAGGAGCUGGUAAAAUUGCAAGCAAGAUUGGAAGGAGAGGCAGCACAGUUAAAGGAGGCUCACUCCAAGACCUUAGAAGAGCUGGCAUGGAAACACCAUACUGCAAUUGAGGCUGCACACAGUAAUGCUAAUAAGGAUAAGAAGAAACUGCAGAUGGAGUUGGAGCAGCAGUUUGAGAAGGAGAAACUACAUUUGGAGGAUGACAAGAAUCAGCUCCGACAACAGUUGGAAAACAUGAAGGAAGAGCUGACAACAAAACUGACUUCUGCCAAUCAGGAGGUGUGUCGUCUGCAAGACCUUGUACGAAAAAGUGAGCAAGGCCUUGGGACUGCAGAAGGACAUAUCUCCAGUCUUCAAGAAGCUCAGGAAAUACUACAGAAAGAACUAGAAUUAACUAGAGCAAGACUGCGAGAGACCACGGAUUCCUUGUAUAGUGUUGAGGGGGAACUAGAUCAGGAGAGACAACAGCACGAGGCAAUGAUUGCUGCCAUGAGAGAAGAGGAAAAGUUCAAAGUUGACAGAAUGGCACGUGACUUGGAAAUAAAAUGGACAGAAAAUCUUCGACAGGAAUGUAAUAAGCUUCGUGAAGAGCUGAGGCUGCAGCAUGAAGAGGAUAAGAAGGCUGCCAUGACUCAGCUGUUGCAGCUGAAAGAACGUGAAAAAAAUGCAGCAAGAGAUGGAUGGCAAAAAAAGGUUGAAGAUCUUUUAGACCAGCGGCACUGUCUCGGUGAAGCUUUGCAUAAAUCUAUCAGCAAUAUCUCCUUACUGAAGCAGAAUCUGGAGAUGCAGCUUUCCCAGUCACAGAGCUCUUUACAACAGCUACAAGCCCAGUUCAGUCAGGAGCGACAGAGGCUGACUCAGGAGAUCCAGGAAUUAGAAGAGGAGCAUCAGCAAAGGCAUAAGUCCCUUCAGGAAGCCCAUAUCCUUGCCUUUCAAAACAUGGAAGAAACAAAAGAGCAAGAACAAAAGGAAUUAGAAGAACGUUUACAACAGAAGCACUCAGAAGAACUUCAUGCACUGAAAGAAACACAUAAACAAGCCAUGGAAGGCUUUAAAUUGGAGAUGGAACAGGAACUUCAGACUCUACGAUUUGAGCUGGAGGAUGAAGGAAAAGCUAUGUUAGCUUCCUUGCGCUCAGAGCUCAAUCAUCAACAUGCAGCAGCAAUUGACCAGCUGAGGCACAACCAUCAACAAGAACUGGUAGCCGCCAAAAUGGAGCUGGAAAGAAGCAUAGAAAUCGGCAGGAGACAGGAGAAAGAAUUUUUAUGCCGAAUAUCAGAUCUGCAAGAUGAACUGAGACACCGAGACCAUCAUAUAGCUGAACUGGACAAAGAGAUUUUGCAUCUUCAUGAAAAUAUAAGUGCAUUGACAAAAGAAUUAGAGUUUAAAGGGAAAGAAAUUCUUAGAAUACACAGUGAAUCCAACCAACAGAUCAGGAUGCAUGAGCAAGAUUUAAGCAAGAAACAUGAGAAAGAGCUGGAUGGCUUGACAGCAGAUCACAUCAGAGAGAAACAAAGCAUGCUGGCAGAUUUUAAUAAGACCCAAGAGCUGCUCAAGGAAAUUAAUUCAGCUUUACAGAUUUCUUUAGAAGAAAUGGAAGAAAAAUAUAAAAACAGAGAAUCAAGACCAGAAGACUUGCAGCUUAUCUCAGAACUGAAAGACCUAAUUGCAGAGCGGGACCAGCUCAUAAAGAAAUUGAUUGAGGACAAAAAGUUCUAUCAGCUGGAACUAGUUGACAGGGAGACUAACUACAACAAAAUGUUUAAUGCAAGCCCUAAUGUUGGUGUUAUUAAUCCAUUGGUGAAGCAAAAGAAGAAGAACGAUAAAUCAACAAACAGGUUUGUGAGUGUCCCCAAUCUAAGUGCUCUGGAAUCUAGCGGAGUGGUGGGCAAUGGACAUCCUAAUCGCCUGGACCCCAUUCCUAACUCACCCAUCCACGAUAUUGAGUUCAACAGCAGCAAACCACUACCACAGCCAAUGCCACCCAAAGAGCCCAAGACGUUUUUGAGCCCUCCUCCGACUGAUGCCUCACCAGUGGCUUCACCGGAUCCACAACGCCAGGAGUGGUUUGCCCGAUACUUCACGUUCUGAGAGAUGACUUGUUUUUGUGGCACAGCGUGAUGUGGACUGUUUAUAAGAGCAUGACCUUAAGUAAACCCUCAUGUGAACAAGCUAUCCUGUAAUUUGUCAAACACUGUGAAUGAGAAAGUAUUUGUCUUUCUGAUUUGAAACUGCACUGUAUUUCAUGUUAUAUUUGUUGAAAUCACUUGACAUGAUACUAUACAAUAUGUGUAAUUAUAACUAUUAUUUUUAUUUAAAAUGGAAGAAUCUUUAAACUUUGUAAUUACUACAUAAUAAAUUUUGGUAGAACAAA